UUACAGAGCUUAUAAGAAGCUUACACUUGAUGCUUUGGUUAUCCAGCAAGGAAGGCUGGCAGAGCAAAAAGUGCAGCUGUAAAUAAGGAUGAGCUACUGCAGAUGGUGAGGUUUGGUGCUUAGAUGGUUUUCAGUUCCAAGGAUAGACUAUCACAGAUGAAGAUAUAGAUAGGAUCAUUGCUAAAGGAGGUGAGGCUACAACUGAACUUGAUGUCGUGGGAACCAGGACCUCCUUAUACUACGGGACUACGGGAGAGCAUCUGAUAGAGAAUGCUGGCAAAAUGGUUCUUCUGGAUAAGCUGCUUCCAAAACUAAAGGAGUGUGGUUCAAGGGUGUUAAUAUUUUCACAGAUGACUAGACUUUUAGACAUUCUUGAAGAGUACCUAAUGUUCCGUGGUCAUCAAUAUUUCCGGAUUGAUGGGAAAUACUGGUGGCGAGGAUCGUGAUGCUUCCAUUGAAGCAUUUAACAAGUCAGGGAGAAUUCACAGGUUGAUUUGCAAGCUCAGGAUUGUGCUCAUAGGAUUGGUCAGAAGAUGGAAGUUCAAGUGUUCUGUUUUUGCACUGAGUAUACUAUUGAGGAAAGGGUGAUUGAAAGAGCUUAUAAGAAGCUUGCACUUGAUGCUUUGGUUAUCCGGCAAGGAAGGCUGGCAGAGCAAAAAGCUGUAAAUAAGGAUAAGCUACUGCAGAUGGUGAGGUUUGGUGCUGAGAUGGUUUUCAGUUCCAAGGAUAGAAUGGUCCGGCAAGACCCAAAGAGCCUUGAAUGUCUCGCAUGCCUCAGUUGCAUGACUUUCAGUUCUUUAACACACAGAGACGAGCUUUUUGAGAAGGAAGUUCGCUACCUCAUGUAUACUAUUGAGGAAAGGGUGAUUGAAAGAGCUUAUAAGAAGCUUGCACUUGAUGCUUUGGUUAUCUGGCAAGGAAGGCUGGCAGAGAAAAAAGCUGUAAAUAAGGAUGAGAAGGAAGUUCGCUACCUCUUGGUCCAUCGUCCUUUUCUUCUCAGGAAACUGAAGUCUGAUGUUGAGAAAGGUCUUCCUCCCAAGAAGAAACUAUCCCCAAGGUUGGUGCUGAACCAGGACCUCCUUAUACUACGGGACUACGUGAGAGCAUCUGAUAGAGAAUGCUGGCAAAAUGGUUCUUCUGGAUAAGCUGCUUCCAAAACUAAAGGAGCGUGGUUCAAGGGUGUUAAUAUUUUCACAGGUCUUCAGAUCUAUAAAUGAUAUUAUUGUUCAUAGGAUUGGCAAAAUGGUUCUUUUUUAAUGCAGAUCCGAUUGUUAUGCCGUUGGGAAACUAUGAACAGGUAAUUUCUAUUUCCAAGUGAUUCCUGGAAAGUGUUGGCUAUAUGGUAAUAUGCUUUCUGUCAUCAAGUCACCUUCCGCACCCACCCCCCUCCCGUGGCCGGAAAGAUGGCACGAUAAAAUAUUAGCUCUAUUUUUUAGCUUCAGCUGUCUAUCAAAGAGAAGUUUCUGCUGGGGAAUCCCCAGCCAGUUUGGUCAGACUUUUGACUUGGUAACCACAAGGUUACAAGUUCAAUUCUCAGCGGGAGCGGGCUAUUGGCCUUCUUGGUUUGAGUUGGUUAGCUAUGGGCAAUUUAAGUUGGUUUACCCUCAGGUAGUAGCUGUGUGUUUUCCUUGUCACU